AUGACAAUUGCUGAAUUGAAGAUUUCCGAGGAUGAAUGUUCCAUUAAUGUCUAUUUCGUGAAGGAAGCUACGCAAGUCUGGUCUGGAAAAGAAUUCUGUUAUAUCGAGGCUGCAGCAAGAGAACAACCAAAUUUGAAUAUAUAUUUAAUCAAUUUGAUGCGUACUUCCAGUACACCGAACACAUCGGACAUUUAUCUUAAAAUGGCACUAACCACCCAAAAUGCUAAUAUUCAUAUCAUCGAAUUAUUAAUUGACAAAUUUUUCAGCAAAACAGAAUUAUCGCAUAUUGCAAAAGAUUUGAAUAAUGAAUUGUUGUUGAUGGCGGCGAGAGCGUAUCUGCUUUGGAACUUCCCUGGAGUUGCAAUGCAUCCCAGCGCAUAUUGUAAUUUAUCAGUCGUCAAUAAAUCACGAUGGAAUAAAAUGGGAAAACGAGAUUGCAUGCCAGACAAAUUAGUUACGAUCGAUCCAACGAUCGAUUUACAAGCGACAGAUGUGCAUUGUCAAGCAUUUCUAGGUUUUCUAAUACAGGAAAUAUCCAAGAAUACAACGCAAAUUUAUAGUUUAAAGGAUGCAUUGGACAAAUUUUGUCCGAGGAUUGAUAAUUGUGCCGAGGUGCGAGUACUUGAUUUAAAAUCGCACUGUUCGGUCAACGCUUUUGAUUGUCCUACGGUGUAUAAGUCUGGAAAAUCUUGGGAACUUACAAUAUAA